AUGACGACGCCGAUGACGACGCGAACGAUCGCGUCGACGUCUUCCGCGUCGACAUGGUCGAGAACGACGCGCGCGAGCGGUCACGGCGUGGGAUCAUCUCGCGGUGUGUCCUCGCAUCGACAUCGGUGGCGCACCGAGGCGGUGCACGAGGACGCGUCGGCGGAAAUUUUAGCGAACAGGGCGCUGGAGAUGAUCGAGGAUGACGACGUGAUCGGGUUAUCCAGGGGCGAGCACUGCGCCGAGCUCGCGCGACGGCUGGGUGAGCGACGACGGGAGGGACUCGCGCCGCGCAACGUGCGCGUCGUUCCUUUGGAGGCGAUCGCGGCGAAGGAGUGCGCGGUGCACGGGUUGGAAGUGCGGUCGAUCGACGAGGCACCUGCGAUUAUGAAGACGUUCGCGCAACCGAGUGAGUGCGCGUUGGCGGAGGUGAACGGGAAGACGUCCAUUGCGGCGAUUUUUGGUCGGGAAACGACGCCGGUGCAACCGGACAUCGCUCGCGUCAAAGCGGCGCUGAAGAAGAGCUUGAAAGUGGUUCUGUUGAAAGAAUUCGUGAUGGAUCGAAUCGGCGGAUCGAUCCCACUCGUCGUCGACGCGGAAAAUUGGGAGGAACACGCCGAGGAGUUGGACGAUUUGUUCUUGGGAGAUGCCGAGGUGUGGAGACGAGGGGCAAAUUUUGACGCCAAUCCCCGCGGUGGGAGCAAUCCGUACGUCUCCGCCGACGGCUCGCACACGCUCUUGGACUUACGAUUCGAGGACCCGAUCAAUGGUGGACGAUGGGAGUGCGGCUUGAUACUCGACGGCGAGCCGUGCGGACCGUACGAACUUCAGUACGCGCUCGAAAAUGACGUCUCGGGUGUGUCGGCGCACGGCAUCUACACCCAGGCGGAUGCGGUGAUAACGAUCAAUCCAGAGAGCAUGGAGGCAGUGAUAAUCUCUCGAGACGAGUGA